AGGAGAAGAAAGAAGUCAAAGCUUUCAAAACGCUCACUCCCCAAGAAAUGGAUCCCGUGAAGCGAGGCAAGAUCCCUCUGUGUCUGAAAAUCACUCCGAUUCUAUUUUGUGUUGGUGCUGCGGGCAUGUGCUCGGUCUCUGUCUCUCAGCCACGUUACCUCGAAGUGGACUACACUCAUGAGGCUGUCACCCUAAGGUGCUCCUUCUCCCAGUCAGGGUGCCCACAAGAGCGCCCCACCAGCCUGUGGUUCCGAUAUGGCACUCACCAGCCUGAGCAACUAGGCGACCAGGAGAGGUUCAAAGUGACAGAAGACCUGGAACAAAACCAAGUUUCCCUGACGGUCAGCAAGGUGAAUUUCAGUGACAGCGCCAUCUACAUCUGCGGAAUAGCCUUCCCCAGCUCAAGCGACCCGAGAGCUAAGCAAACUGGAGGAGGGACGGAGCUGGUGGUAAGAGAAACUAAGAUCCUCAGCAAGGAAGUACAGAGGCUCCUGGUGGCUCUUCUGACACUGCUCUCCAUCUACAUGACUGGUGUGGCCGCGACUUUCAUAGUCCUCUUCAAAUCAAAACCUAACACUGCAAGAAAGAAAGAAACAGAAGAUUCACAAAAGAAGAAGAGCGCUCGGCGCAUUUUUCAGGAAAUUGCUCAAGAACUAUACAGUAAGAGACACGUGCAAACAAGCCAACAGUCGAGUUGAAGAUACUAUUCUUUGCACAGUUAACAAGGAGAAGAAACUGGAGUUUGAUUCCCAAGGAGUCUUCCCUAUGUGAGGCCUGAUUUUCCCAAAGAAGUUACGUUCUCUCCAGCCAUGACAUCAUCUCCCCGGACAAUAACUUGGAUCUACCUGCAUAUCAGAUUUCAGGCUCAGGGGGAAAAAAAAAAAAAACCUAGUAUAGCCACAGGCCCUUUAGAAUAUAACUAAAAUAUGCCGACUAGCUAUCUACAAAAUGGAGACCCCCUCCAACUCUUCAUCUGCACUAUUCCAGCCUUUAAGUUCAUGACUGAUCAACAAUUUGUUUGGCUUUGUAUGUUAACUCUCUUUUCAGCCCCCAGGUUCCAGAUGCUAGCAGGAUGCUGACCAGGCUUCCCUGGACAGACAACCUCACCAAUGUGUCCUGGAGCUCUGCUUCCCCAGAGCCCCACCCUACUAGGGAAAGAGAGAGACAGGCUGGGAGUAUGGAUCAAACUGUCAACGCCCAUGUUCAGCAGGGAAGCAAUUACAGAAGCCAGACCUUCCACCUUCUGCAUCCCACAAUGACCCUGGGUCCAUACUCCCAGAGGGCUAAAGAAUAGGAAAGCUCUCAGGGGAGGGGAUGGGAUACGGAGUUCUGGUGGUGGGAAUUGUGUGGAGUUGUACCCCUCUUAUCCUAUGGUUUUGUCAAUGUUUCCUUUUUAUAAAUAAAAAAUUUUAAAAAAAAGAAGUUACAUUCUCUCAGGUCACGUUAGUCAAGACACAUAAACUUAUAUGAAUGUACAAUACUCAUUCUUUUAUUUCUCAAUCUAUCCAACUUACUGGGUGUCGUCCCUCCACCCAACCCCAGUCCCUUUCUGCUCUUAAAUGAUGCUGGUUCAGCCUGUCCACCCCCAAACCUACUCUGCUCACACCGCUGCAUUUCCUGUUCCCUCUGCCUGGCAAGAUGUUUCACAGAUAGAAAUGCAGCUCAGAUGAGC